AUGGCUGAGAGAAGAAACAGUACAAUUACCCGGUUCAUCCUCUUGGGAUUCUAUGAAUUUCCGAAGCUCACCAUUCUCCUGUUUUCAAUAUUCCUAGGGAUCUACCUCCUGACAGUGACUUGGAACUUGGGCCUCAUCACCCUCAUCAGAAUGGAUUCCCAUCUGCACACACCCAUGUACUUUUUCCUCAGUAAUCUGUCCUUUCUGGACAUCUGCUAUGUUUCCACUAUAUCCCCCAGGAUGCUCUCAGACUUCUUCAAGAAGCAUAAUUUCAUCUCCUUUAUGGGGUGCACCAUCCAGUACUUCUUCUUUUCUAUCCUGGGUCUGACUGAGAGCAGUCUUCUGGCAUCCAUGGCUUAUGAUCGAUAUGCUGCCAUUUGUAACCCUCUGCUCUACACAGCCAUCAUGUCCCCAACCGUCUGUCUGAAAAUGCUGGUAGGAUCUUGGAUAAGUGGAUUCUUUGGCUCACUCAUCCAACUGUGUGCCUUACUUCAGCUCCAUUUCUGUGGACCAGAUGUCAUUAACCAUUUCUUCUGUGACCUGCCCCAACUGAUGAUCCUGUCUUGUUCUGAUACCUUUUUCUUACAAGUUAUCUUCUCGGUGCUCACAGUGAUCUUUGGAUUGACUUCUGUGCUGGUUAUCAUGAUAUCAUAUGGUUAUAUAAUUCUCACUAUUUUCACGAUCAGUUCAGCUGAAGGCAGGUCCAAGGCUUUCAACACCUGUGCUUCUCACCUGACAGCAGUGACCCUCUUCUAUGCCUCAGGAACGUUUGUCUAUUUAUGGCCCAGCUCUGAUGAUUCUCUUAGCCAAAGCAAGCUUGCUUCUAUUUUAUAUGUUGUGGUCAUUCCCAUGUUAAAUCCAUUGAUCUAUAGUCUCAGAAACAAGGAAAUCAAAGAUGCCCUAAUCAGAUGGAAGAAAAGAAUUUUCUCCUAACAUUAGUUUUUUUUUUUUUACAAGUUUGCCUAUCUUAUUCCACAAUGAGUCAUACCAAACAUGAAUAUAGGUUUUAAAUAGAUAUAGUUUAGUAUCACCUCAAGAUUGGUGGAAAAUAUUACUUGAGUCUGGCUAGACUUUCAUCUAUUAAUGAAGAGC